CCGAAUGAAAACGUGAAGUUUGUUUACAUUAACAGCUGAAUUAUUUUAAAUCAAAAAUUAUUCUAAUAUUAAUGUAGGAACAUUGGAGCCUUCAUUCAAAAGCAAUAAUCUUUAUUUGAGCGCAACAUGUACUCGAAGAUUGUCACUCGAAAUCUAUACCGUUCGAGUCGACUAUGGCGCAAAACUGCGCCGGAGAAACCGGCUGCGCUAGGAACGGACAAAGUGCAGGAACUGCUCGAUAAUGCGGCAAGCUUUGAAGAUGUGCGACCACACAGUGAACAGGAUCGAUGGGCCACACUUCCGUACGUAGAUGGAACACAUUUUAAUCGCGAUCAAGCUAACAAAUCUAUCAGACCGAAGAUUGAUCCACGAGAAACAACUAUUAUUUUGUUUCCCGGUCAAGGCGCUCAGUUUGUCGGAAUGGCGUCACGCUUGCUGAAAUAUCCUGGUGCUCGGGAUAUCUUCGCACUGGCCAAUGAAGUGCUCGGUUACGAUCUUCUCAAACUAUGCCUAGAAGGCCCAAAAGCUAAACUCGAUCAAACGAUAUACUGCCAGCCGGCGGUAAUGGUUUCAUCACUGGCCGCUCUGGAGCAGCUUAAAGAGGAACGUCCGAAUGCGAUUGAAAAUUGUUUCGCGACAGCUGGAUUUAGUUUGGGAGAAAUUAGUGCGUUGGUAUUUGCCGGGGCAUUGCCGUUCGACAGAGCCCUCCGGCUUGUGCAGAUUAGAGCGGAAGCGAUGCAACUUGCUAGCGAGCAGAGCAAAAGUGGCAUGUGUACAGUGCUAUAUGGACCGGAUGCACGGAUAGGGGAAGCUUGCAAGGAAGCGGUUAACUGGUGUAUACUGCGAGGAAUCGAAAAUCCAGAGUGCAAAAUUGCAAACUAUUUGUAUCCUAGCUGCAAGGUAAUUGCUGGAAAUGAAGAAGCUUUAAAAUACCUCGAAGCGAACAUGAAAACGUUUGGCAUAAAACGAAUCAAAAGACUCCCUGUUAAUGGAGCAUUUCACACCGAGUUGAUGGCCUCCGCCGUGGAGCCCUUUUCACUGGCACUGAAAAAGAUAAAGAUCGAGGAUCCAAUUAUCAGUGUUCACUCGAAUGUAGAUGGCAAACGAUACCGUAAUGCGGGUCAUGUACUGAACCAGUUGCCGAAACAAAUCGUGCGACCUGUUAAGUGGGAACAAACGUUACACAAUAUAUACGAAAGAAAAGUUGGGGAUUAUUUCCCUCGGACGUUUGAGUGUGGACCAGGUCAAGGACUGAAAGCGGUCCUUAAACAGGUCAAUGCCAAAGCGUGGGACUCUACGUUUAGUAUACAGGCGUAAGAGGAAUAAGUAACAAAGUUCAAUAAAAUAUGAGAUAUGGCUCCGAUUUACAGUUGCAAUGUUAGAGAAAAUCCUAUGAUUAUAUUCAUUUGGUUUGCUAACUUUCGUGUAUAAAAUUUUGUGUACACACGAAAUUAAAAGGAUUACCCUAUUGUGUUACUAUCGAUUGAAAUAAAAAGGAUGAGUGUUACAACUUAAGACGCAGCAAUCUAUUUUCGUAAUAUUUUUUUCAAAAUUUAA